UUUAUACAAAGACAGUUGGUGCUUGGUAAAUAUCUGUAUCCGGCGUGUGCAGAGGGGGAGAGAUGACCUGGACCAGAGUGGCCAAGUCGCUGCAGGGAGUGGCAGCGCACACUUUGCUUCUCUUAUUCACGCUGCUGCUUGUUUUCAAGCUCGAUCAUACCGUUUCCUACUCUUGGUGGGUUAUUUUCAUUCCGGUGUGGCUAUUUCAUGCAGUUGUUGCACGAGGAAGAUUUUCUCUUCCUGCGCCAUCAGUUCCUCAUGAUCGCCGUUGGGCCCCAUGCCAUACUGUGGUUGCUGUGCCGCUGCUUGUUACUUUCGAACUGCUUCUUUGUAUAUAUCUCGAGAGUGUAAAUGUUCAUCAUUCUGCUUUUGUGCACCUCAAAAUUGUCUUCCUUCCUUUGCUGGCCUUUGAGGUUAUCAUCCUUAUUGACAAUUUUAGAAUGUGCCAGGCUUUGUUACCAGGAGAUGAUGAAAGUAUGAGUGACGAGGCAAUAUGGGAAACACUUCCUCAUUUCUGGAUUGCAAUAUCAAUGAUUUUCUUUGUUGCUGCUACAAUAUUCACUCUCCUGAAGCUAUGUCGUGAUGUUGGUGCUCUUGGCUGGUGGGAACUAUUCAUAAAUUACGGGAUUGCCGAAUGCUUUGCAUUUCUUGUUUGCACAAAAUGGUCAAAUCCAGUAAUUCAUAGAAACUCACAAACAAGAGAAGAAAGCUCAUCUUCUUCUGCUAUUAGAUAUCUGGACUGUAAUAGUGGUUUGGUGGUAUCUUCGGAUGAUCACUUGCAGGGUAGAAUUUGUAGCCUGCAAGACAUUGGUGGCCACAUUAUGAAAAUUCCAAUCAUUGUUUUUCAAGUCCUCCUCUGCAUGAAGCUGGAGGGAACUCCACCAGGUGCUAAGGACAUUCCUCUUGCAGUCGUCUUCUCUCCCAUCUUUCUGUUGCAAGGAGCUGCUAUCUUGUUUGCUAUAUUCAGAUUAGUAGAGAAAAUUAUUUUCUUGUUAAGAAAUGAGGCACCUGGAGGAAGAUAUCUUGUAUACUCUUCAAGAAUACGUGACUUCUUCGGUUUCCUGCAUCAUGGCUCCAGGCUGCUUGGUUGGUGGUCUAUUGAUGAAUCAAGCAGAGAAGAGCAGGCUCGCUUGCUCCACGAUGGGGCAUCAGGAUACAACACUUUCUCCGGUUACCCACCUGAAAUAGUGAAGAAAAUGCCAAAGAGGGAUCUUGCUGAGGAGGUCUGGAGACUUCAAGCAGCACUUGGUGAGCAAACAGAAAUUACGAAAUUCAGCCAGCAGGAGUAUGAGAGACUUCAACAUGAAAAAAUUCUGUGUAGAGUCUGCUUUGAGGGAGAGAUUUGCAUCGUGCUCAUUCCUUGUAGGCAUCGAAUUUUGUGCAGCUCCUGCUCUGAGAAAUGUAGGAAAUGCCCAAUUUGCCGUGUGUCUAUAGAGGAAUGCUUGCCUGUAUAUGACGUAUAGCCCAGGUAGAUUGCUCGCCUUGACUCAUAUGCAGGACUCUUCAUUUUUUUAAGGGUAGAAACUUAGAUGGAUGGAUGGAGUGAAGAUAGUAUCCUCCCAAAAUCUAGCAAUACAAGGUAGUUUUCUCCCAAAAUCUAGCAAUACGAGGUUAAUUGUUAUUGCUAGACUUCGACAACAACUAACUGGAGUUAGAGAUUAACUGUUUCUGUGCUUUGCUUUUUACCUGUACAUAUAAGCUGUUCAAAAUUGGGGUAAAUCUGUAAUAUAAUAAUGUUGCUCCUUUUGUUCGUA